UACAUAACUGAUUCGGUUGAUUUGAUGAACAAGAAAACAGUAAUAAAACGACCGCCGCCGUAGACAGGUGUUAGUAUCCAUUGAAUCGAAGAAAGCGAAAAGUUUGAUAUCAAAAGCAAACUGAUAAGAAGUGAGAAGUGCAAUUGCAAAAGAAAAUUAAGAAACGAAAAAUACAAAAAGGAAUUUCGGUACAAAAAAUUACUAAUAAUAAUGGACAACAGUUGGGUACAUUCCUCACCAUAUCAACCAGUUCCACCAUUCGCAGUAAUUGGUGGUCACGACUGUGAUGGCAGCCCCAUCUAUGUUGGGCGUUCAUAUCAUGAAGGAGACAAUCUACCAGCCAAAGUAGUGCCCAGCAAGGGUACGGCUUAUGUUUGCUGGGGUGGCCAAGAAAUCACAAAAUCACACUAUGAAAUACUGGUAGGUCAGGGCUAUGCUUGGGUACCUUGCUAUGGUGGCUCUGUGCCACCCAACGCAGUACGCACCGGCACUACGCGCAUGGGUGAGCCACUGUACGUGGGACGCGGUCACCAUGCCAACAGCUUGACAGUCGGCAAGAUACAUCCAUCGCAUGGCUGCUUGUACAUACCGUUUGGUGGACAUGAAGUGCGGAUCGGUACAUAUGAAGUGCUCAUCAAGCAGACCACAGAUCAGUGGGUGCCCGCAACGCCCAAUUAUGCACCACCUAACGCCGUGGCGGCUGGCUACGAUACCGAUCGCGCUCCUAUCUAUGUGGCUCGCGCUAUGCAUGAAGGCUAUAAAUGGGUGCAUUCGUCCGCUUACGCUUCCCUGCCUCCAAAUGCCGUAGAGGGCGGUAACGAUUUCGAUGGCGACACCAUCUAUGUCGGGCGCACUUUUCACAAUGGCGACACGCUCGUAGCCAAAAUUGUGCCUAAGAAACAAAUUGCUUUCAUAUCGUGGCGCGGUGAAGCCAUUCCAAAGGAUCAUUUCGAAGUGCUUUGUGGCACAAAUCUCAUCUGGCGUCAAUGUUACGAUCAUAUUAUACCCGAGAAUGCUGUACUCUGCGGCAAAACAGCGCUGGGUCAACCUGUUUAUAUUGGACGCGGCCAUUAUGAAGGCAGCUUAAGUGUCGGUAAAGUGUCUUCGGUUCAUCGCGCUUUAUUCAUACCUUUCAAAAAUGCGGAACGUCGUUUGGAGUCUUACGAGAUACUGGUAGCACAGAAACGUGAUGAGGGUUGGGCUUUUAAUGAGACACCACCCCCACCACCAAUAGAGGAUGUAAAACCUGCAUUACCAGUACCGCCGAUUGAGGAUUUGAAGCCCUAUACACCGCCGCAAGAUGUUAAACCUCCAUUGGGACCGCCAGCAAUUACCCCAUUGCCAAUGCCAAUGCCACCACCACUUGGACCGCCAUCCAUAAGCGAUCCAUAUAGCGCACAGGCACCACCCCCACCACCGCAUUGCGAUCCACCACCACCUUACCAAUCAAUCGGAGUACCUGUUUACCCACCAAGCACGCCAAGGUAUCCCCCUAUACCACCCAGUUAUCCAUCUGGCAGUAUUCAACAACAAUCUGAUACUUGGGUUGUCUCGAGCGCUAACUAUACACCACCAAAUGCAGUACAUGCCGGACACGAUACUGAUCUUUCGCCAAUUUUGGUAUGUCGUUGCUUUCACAACGGCGAUUUGUUACCCGGAAAAGCAAUACCGAGUCGCGCUUGCGCUUAUGUCUCGUAUGAGGGUCGGGAAAUACCCAAGUCCAACUUCGAGAUUCUCAUCGGUGAGGGUUAUGAUUGGGUGCCGGCAUCGGAUGGCAUGUUAGCACCGGGCGCAAUAGAAGCUGGACGCACUGCCAAUGGUGAGCCUUUGUUUGUGGGUAGGGCAUACUAUUGUGGCAGUCUUACUCCUGGUAAAAUUCAACCUUCACAUGGGGCACUAUAUAUCGCUUUUGGUGGUUAUGAGAGGCGUAUUACGAACUAUGAAGUGCUGGUGCGCCGUAACGACUACUAUCGAGACGAAGCGAUAAAGAUCUGCUAUUGAGUAUUGAGGAAGAUUUCAAAUCAGAUUUAAAAGAGACUUCGAUGCUGAAAUUCGAAGAUACAUGCAAUCCUCGAUUGAACAAUGUUUUCAGUAUUUUUUCCCUUUGUCUCAUAAAUGUUAACACAUACAUAUUCG